CCCACCACUGUACGUCACUGUGCUGCAAGAUGUUUUUUUAAGUCCGAAAGAACAGCAGCAUUGAAAUGGCUUCCCCGUCCCCCUGCAGCCGCUGCCCGAUACGGAGAGCGCUUUCUCCCAGGGACGGGUCUGCGCUUCCACCCGCCCGGUGCUGCAGAACUUGCGAGGGACCCUUAUAUCUGAUCUCCCUGGACCGAUACAAAACCGACCCGGGGUCCAAAUGCCACUUCUCCCCGGCGUCGGCUCCUCACGGCUUCCUCUACGACGCCACCCUUAGCGACGGCGAUUGCAGAGUCCGGGUCACGCUGCACCCGAACCUGAACCCGCUGGUGCGGAAAAACGCGCUGAGGUGCGGUUCCGAGCUGUAUAAUAUCCGGUUCGCCGUCGAGUUCGAGCAGGCUCGGCUCGGCGGGCGUUGUCAAACGUUUCAGGUUCUGGGUUUGGAGAUCGAGGAAGAGCAGGCUCGGAACCGGGCUUUGGAGCGGCUGAGGGAGCUGAAUUUGCAGCACCUGCCUUGGUUCGGGAGGGUGGACGGGGAGGACGAGGCGGCGGUCGCUCCCUUGAUGGCACGGAGGGUCUGUUACUUGCCGCUGUGGGACACGGACGAUUAUUUCGGAGACGUUUGGGAAGGUCCAGACCACAGAGCCCGGUCGCCGGGCUUCCUUUCAGAAAACGACUCCGACGAAGAAGGUACGCAGUUCGUCACUCUGCAGCAGCUCAAGGCUUCCUUCCUCAAGAAGUCCAAGGGUAAACUGGGACCGCUGGUUGUCCGAGUGCUCAAAAAAUCCCGGCUGUGCCAUUUUGGAAAGGAAGACCGGACCAAUGAGUGCCCAUACCAGGCAGAGCUAGGGGUGGCUGAUGGGUCAGGCUGUGCCUCGGUGAUCCUGUGGAACUCGCUGUGUCUGCGCUGGUACCGCUGUUUGGACCCGGGGAUGGUUCUGCAGCUCUGGGACUACAGGGUGAAGGAAAGCUACUCCAGGAGACUGAGAGAGAAUUGGGACAGCCAGAACCUGAACCAGGACCAGCAACACAUAGAGAUCAGUCUGAAUUCCAGAAACCCCACUGCUAUCAUCAGCAUCGUCCCGGAGAGAUGUGUCCAGAGAGGCUGGGGGCUGCCCCCCCAGCGCUUCAGCUUCCAGACCAGGGCGGUGCUCGCUUCCUGUCCCGACGGUACCGUCUGUGACUUCAUCGGCUUGGUGAGGUUCGUGGGCCGGCCGGAGAGAACCAGGAAGAAAGGGGGGGGCGGGGAGGAGUUUUCGGUGUACCGCUGGCUGCAGCUCGAUGACGGGACAGGGGGAGGGCCGAUUCUCCUCAAGCUCUACUCCACAUGCCAGCCGGAGACCCACGCACAGCUCCGCCCGAUGUUCAUAGCCGUGUGCACCAACUGCCAGCUAGUGAGCGCUGGGGGCGGUGCCAGGGCACAGCCUUCGUGCCACUACCUGACCAGCACCAGACACAGCCAGAUCUAUGGGCAAGGGCAGCACUCUGGCAGAGCGUACACGAACCUCCCUGUGGUCCAGCGGUUCAUAGCCUGGGUCCAGACUCUGAGCGAAGAGGCGGAGAUGAGAACGGCUGUGAUUGGGGGAUAUUUCAGCUUCCCGCCCCUCCCCACCAGCAUCAGACAGUAUCUCGGGGAGAGCAAAGGGGGGCCCUGCUUGCUUAGUCUGGAGGAGCUGAGGGAGGAGGUGGGGAGGCUGCAAUACCGGGAGCAUCGGCGCUUCACCGUCCAGGGAUCCAUCAUCGCGGCACGCUGCUGCCACCUGGGAGAGAGGCAAGGGGAGCUCGGCACCCCCAGACUGGCAGAGUGCUCCACUCGUCCUUACUCUACAGAUUCCUCCCUCGACCCGGCGUCUCUCGAGCCCCACUGCAGCCCAGUCGGCUCUCCAGGAGCCCCGCUCCCGCCUCGCUACCCCCGGUUCAGCACUCCGAAGCACGUCUCUCCCAGGAAGAGGCCACUUGGAAAGUGUCGGAGGAAAACAGAGACGCCCAGGAAAAGGCUCGCUCUGGCCUCCCAGCUCAAAGCCAGCCCAGCACAGAGCAGACAGGAAGACAGGAGCCAGCGGGAAUCCACUGCGAGCUGCAGCCAGACAGCCUUUAUUAUAGAGGAGAUGUGCUCAGAGUUUCAGCUCGGCUCCGAUGAGGAGGAGCAGGAGAUGGAGGCAGAAGACCCAGCCCUCCUCUCCCCACCCCUUAAACCCAGACCCCUGGCCUGGUCCGGCCGCUGCUGGCAGGGGGAGAGGCUGGGAGGGGCGGGGGUGCUGCCCGAGACUCUACCCCGCCAGUACACGCACGCGCAAUGGGAGCUCCAGACCAGGGCAGCCGGGCUGCAGCCUGCCAGCCUCUCGCUCACCCUGCCUGAGCCCGCCCGAGCUCUGGAGAGCUUCUCCCCAGCCAGCAGCUACCAGGGAUGCUACAGCUUCACCAUCCUGGGUUUGAACGAACGCCUGGCUGUUGAUGCCGUCUUUUUGCCCACGAUGCCCACGGGCCCCCACGCCGUACCUCACGAGAACAGCCUGGCGUCUGUGUUGGCACACGGGGGCCCCUCCCCCACCAGGCCCCCCCCAGCUCCAGAGGACCUCAUUGCCACAGCACCAGCUCUGGAUAAUAAACACUUCCUCUUUGUUCUGGACAUCAGCCAGCAGGGAGCAGAGAGACUGGAGGUGGUCCUGAACCGCGCCUACCCCUAUCCCUAGCCUGCCCCCCCCCCCCCCACCCCCCACUCCUGAACCAGCGCAGUCCCAAUUCCUUUAGCUUUUGUGGCGUCUGUGUUCAGGAGGUCUCAUUUCAGUUCUGUCUGGUAGGGAGAGGUAGAUAGCUGGAAGGUUUCACAGCAAGGGAGCAAGUCAAACACUCUGUUUUUUUUUUUUUUUUUCUCUAACGCAGUUCUGUUUUCUGUCCUGCUGUUGUUAUUAUUGUUGUUGUUUGUGUACAGUUUUGAUAAUUUAAAAAAUGCCUUUCAGUAUUUAAGUGACGCACAACUUAUGCAGAAAAUUACAGUUGAAUCUAACUGGAAAAUACUAGUUUUUAGUUUGAUAUUAAAACUCAAUAUUAAACAGCAUAUUAAAAA